AUGUUCUAUGCACGCAAACAGCUUUAUCACAUGCCGGAUAAUCCAACGCCACGUAACCACCCCAAGACGCUAUUAUGCAACCUCCCCUCCAUUGCCCUUCCAUUCGGGAGUUUUUAUGAUCUUCUCGAGAUUCUCUACCACCUUAUAGAACAAGGCCAAGACGCUGCAGAGCGGCUCCACUGUGACCCAGACUAUAAGCUCUUACACGACCGGGUUAUGGAUGUCUUCAUGGAGCAGUUGAAGUCUGAUAUUGACAAAUUCAAGCAGCACAAGCUUGAUUUGAAGCCAUCCGAUUAUAUAACUGACGGUGAUGAAGACGACGAAGACGACGACGAAAAAGAUGAUAAAGAUGGUACUCUUGAUGCUGACACUUAUGCUGAUCUUUUUGUUAGCAAGGCUGCAGUGUGUUGCAUUAGCAAACACCCAGAGGCCACCCGUGCUUCCCUCGUGUUUUUGCUGUGUGAAAGCAUUGCGAGGAGGCUUUUCCUACGCAAACCAGAUCAAUCAAAUCAAUCAUAUCAAUCACAAGAGUGGGAGCGGCUUAGGAAUGAGACGACAACGCUCAGAAGUUACGAUGUAUUUGGAGGAGUUGAAAAAAACAGGAGGAAGAGGAGGCAAUUCGAGUGGCCAUGGGAUGCUAUGCUCCCAAAUGAGAUCAUACGCUAUGUAGUAGAAGAUGGGGAUGUCGGGGAAGCGGCUGAGCUUCAGUGGAAGGCAAUGGUGGAGGAUAUGUACCUAAAACAGCAGCAGCAGCAAAUGCAGGGGCAGGGUUUGGGAAAAUUUAAAAACUGCUUGGCAAUGUGUCACAUCAAAGAUUUCAUGGGCAUAUGCCCCAGAGAAUUGGCGGUGAGUUUGGGACUUUUGGUGUCUGAACUGAGUGAAGAGAUGGCAUGGAAAGGAAAGGUGAUCAGUUCCGGUCAUUUGCUGGAUCAGUUGCUGCUGCAUUCGAUAGAAGGGGAUGAUCUCAAGUCUUAG